UCCUGUUCAAUCAAAAUAUCCUUGAAAACUAUGAAUCAUCAAAUAUGAAUUUAUGUUUGUAAUAUUUAGAUCUUUCAGCAACGUUACUUCAACCACCUUUUGUAAGUCAAAACCUGUACAGUUAGCAUUUCGCCGCUGCCUCUCGAUGAAGCUUUAUACAGAUAAAUUUAAUCCAUUUACUUUACGAAUAUUGGUAGCUGAUCAAUUGGCUGGUACGGGCGUCAGUGUACAACACGUGCAAAACGACAAUGAAGCUGUCAAAAGAUUCCCUUUUCUCAAGGAACCUAAGCUGCCAUUUUUAGAAGUUGAAGAAACUCGUCACAUCUUUAGUCCAAAUGCCAUCUGCCGAUAUUUGUUAAGCAGUGGACCUAGCAAAAAGUUCGCAUCAGAUUUAAAUAACUUGUCAACUGAAGAUCAUUGGCUAGAGUGGGAUGUUCUUCACUUACAGCCAUCAGUAUUUUCUUUUUUGGCAUCCUCAUUUUCCUCUGGCAAAGGCACUGAUGCCAGCUUAGUCACACAGUGUCUCUCCUACCUUGAGUCAGCAUUAGAACCUGAGGGAAAAUAUAUUCUUGGAAGUGAAGUAUCUCUAACGGAUAUAAUUGUUUGGGGGACACUAUACCCAUUACUCGCUCAGGAUAACCAUAAGAGGGCCCUUGAUCUGAACACAAAGUAUUCAAAAGUAAUGGCUUGGUUCAAUGAUCUGAUGAAAAAGAAUGAGUUUUCCUCCAUUUCCCAUGCGGUCACAGAAGGCAAAGGGCCAGGAAUAUUCAAGGAUGCACUUGUUGCCUACCAGUUAGUGAAUCAGGUUUUGGUAACACAAAAAGAUUUAAACAAGAGUGAAGCUUCAGGGGACAGUGCUGAGUCAGAUGAGAUUUCAUAUCAAAAAAGCCGUGUUGAUGCUCAGGAGGUCGCUGAUUCUAUUGCUGCUUGGAAUACUCAAAAAGUACCGAAAAGACGCGCCAUUGAACAUCCAAUCUUACCUAAAGAUGAUGAGAAGAACAUACUUAUCACUUCAGCUCUUCCCUACGUCAACAAUGUUCCUCACUUAGGAAACGUUAUUGGUUGUGUUCUCAGUGCUGAUGUUUUUGCAAGAUUUUGUCGAAUACGACAAUAUAAUAUUUUGUACAUUUGUGGUACUGAUGAAUAUGGAACAGCAUCAGAAACUAAAGCGUUGGAAGAGGGUGUUACACCGAGGGAGAUUUGUUCAAAAUAUUUCAAAAUCCACAGCGAAGUUUAUGAUUGGUUUAAUAUUCAGUUUGAUUACUUCGGAAGAACGACAACUGAGGAACAGACAAAAAUUUCUCAAGAUAUUUUUUGGAAGAAUUAUCACAACGGCUUAACACUGGAAAAUACAAUUGAACAAUUACACUGUGCCAACUGCAAUAGAUAUUUAGCUGACCGAUUUGUGGAAGGAACAUGUCCUCUCUGUGGUUUUCACGAUGCCCGAGGAGACCAGUGCGAUGCUUGUGGAAAACUUAUCAACGCGACAGAAUUAAAAUCUCCUCGAUGUAAAAUAUGCAGUAAAACGCCAGCAGUGAAGGAAAGCCGACACCUUUUCUUAGACUUAACAAAGUUACAGCCUGAGUUGACGUCAUGGGUGGAUAAAGCCUCAUCUGAAGGAAACUGGAGUGCGAAUUCCCAACACAUCACUAAAAGUUGGCUCCAAGAAGGACUUAAACCUCGUUGUAUAACACGUGAUUUGAAGUGGGGAACACCUGUGCCCCUUGAAGGCUUUACAGAUAAAGUAUUUUACGUUUGGUUUGAUGCACCGAUUGGGUAUCUAUCAAUCACAGCUAAUUACACAAACGAAUGGGAAAAGUGGUGGAAGAACCCAGGGAAUGUCAGUUUAUAUCAGUUCAUGGCGAAGGAUAACGUACCAUUUCAUACAGUUGUAUUUCCAGCGACAUUACUGGGAACCAAGGAACCUUACACAAUGCUCAACUGUAUAAAUGCCACGGAGUACUUGAAUUACGAAGACGGGAAGUUCUCCAAGAGUCGUGGCAUUGGCGUGUUUGGAAACGACGCCAAGGACACAGGAAUACCUCCGGAUAUUUGGAGAUUCUAUUUGCUGCAAAUUAGACCCGAGUCACAAGACAGUGUAUUUACCUGGGCAGAAUUUGCUAUGAGAAACAACUCAGAAUUACUCAACAACUUGGGAAAUUUCGUUAAUAGAGCUCUGGUGUUUUUGAACAACAACUUUAAAAAGACGUUGCCUUGUAUAGUAUUAAAUGAUGAAGACAAGAAAUUGAUUGCUUUAGUCAACCGCGAAUUGAAACAGUAUAUACAGUUAAUGGAUCACAUCAAAUUGAGAGAUGGUUUAAAGGUUGUACUUAACAUUUCCAAACUUGGCAAUCAAUAUAUUCAAGCCAAUAAACCUUGGGUAUUGAUCAAGGGGAAUGAAGAUGAAAGAUCAAGGUCUGGCAGUGUUAUUGGUCUGGCUUGUAACUUGACAAGUUUAUUAUCCAUUCUCAUUCAUCCUUUCAUGCCUGAUAUCAGCGCGGAGAUCAGAAAACAACUGCAGGUUUCUGACGAAUACUGUGUCGUGGUUGAUUCCUUUGUGCCUCAUCUUGAAACUGGUCAUGUUAUUGGCGAGCCCAAGCCUCUGUUUGAGAAAAUGGAUAGCAACAAAAUGGAGGAAUUCCGACAAAUCUAUUCUGGGCAACAAAAUAGUCGAAAUAAGGGAAAGCCGACAGAAGAGGAAAUCAAGGCUCUUGAAGUUGACGUUGCUAAACAGGGUGACGUUGUACGCCAGUUAAAAGCUAAUAAUGCUGAGAAAUCAACGAUUGACGCUGAAGUGGCAAGACUUCUGGAUCUUAAGAAGAAACUGAGUACAGCAACUGGGAUCAAUCCAAAUGACAGUGCUGCCAAGAAAAAGAGCAAGAAAACGAAAAAACAAAAUUGAUUAAUAUGAAAAGGAAAUAAUAUCAAUGAUUCAAAAGUGAACAAAAUUAUGUUUUAAAAACAAUCAAAAUAUAUAUAUUGAAACAUCGUAUAGAUAUACAU